AUGUUGCACGUCCGAGGCCUGGGGCUAACUGGCUGCCUGAUUCUGGCUGUCCUGGUCAGCCUGGUACACAGCCAGCAUGUGUUCCUGGCCCCUCAGCAAGCCCUGUCGCUGCUCCAGCGGGUCCGGAGAGCCAAUAGUGGCUUACUGGAGGAGCUAAGAAAGGGCAACCUGGAGCGGGAGUGCGUGGAGGAACAGUGCAGCUAUGAGGAGGCCUUCGAGGCCCUGGAGUCUUCCAGUGCCACGGAGGUGUUCUGGGCCAAGUACAGAGUCUGUGAUUCAGUGAGGAAACAUCGGGAUACUUUCAUGAACUGCAUGGAAGGUCACUGUGCUAUGGAUCUGGGUAUGAACUACCAGGGGACUGUGAGUGUCACCUACUCCGGUAUCGAGUGCCAGUUAUGGCGGAGCCGCUACCCACACAAGCCUGACAUCAACUCCACCACCCAUCCCGGGGCCGACCUGCAGGAGAAUUUCUGCCGCAAUCCAGAUAGCAGCACCAAAGGGCCCUGGUGCUACACCACAGACCCCACAGUGAGAAGAGAAGAAUGCAGUGUUCCCGUUUGUGGCCAGGAGGGCCGUACCACUGUGGAGAUGACUCCUCGCUCUGGAGGUUCCAAGGGGAAUCUGUCGCCUCCACUGGAGCAGUGUAUCCCUGAGCAUGGCCGGCUGUACCAGGGGAACUUGGCUGUGACAACACUUGGGUCCCCCUGCCUAGCCUGGGCCAGCUUACCAGCCAAGGACCUGAGCAAGUACCAAGACUUCGACCCAGAGGUGAAACUUGUGGAAAACUUCUGCCGCAACCCAGAUGGGGAUGAGGAGGGCGUGUGGUGCUACGUUGCCGGGCAGCCUGGCGACUUUGAGUACUGCAGCCUCAACUACUGUGAGGAGGCGGUGGAAGAGGAGAUCCACGAUGUGGAGGAGUCCAUCGGAGGGCGCACCACGGACGGGGAGUUCCACACAUUCUUUGAUGAGAAUACCUUUGGCUUUGGGGAGGCAGACUGCGGCCUUCGGCCUCUGUUCGAGAAGAAGUCGCGGAAAGACAAAACCGAAAAGGAACUGCUUGACUCUUACAUAGAUGGCCGCAUCGUGGAGGGCUGGGAUGCUGAGAUGGGUAUCGCUCCCUGGCAGGUGAUGCUUUUCCGGAAGAGUCCCCAAGAGCUGCUGUGUGGGGCCAGUCUCAUCAGUGACCGGUGGGUCCUUACUGCCGCCCACUGCCUUCUGUACCCACCCUGGGACAAGAACUUCACUGAGAAUGACCUUCUGGUACGCAUUGGCAAGCAUUCUCGCACCAGGUAUGAGCGGAACAUUGAAAAGAUCUCCAUGCUGGAAAAGAUAUACAUUCACCCCAGAUACAACUGGCGGGAGAACCUGGACCGAGACAUCGCCCUGCUCAAACUCAAAAAGCCUGUGCCUUUCAGCGACUAUAUUCAUCCUGUGUGCCUGCCGGACAGGCAGACAGCAACCAGCUUGCUCCAGGCUGGGUACAAAGGGCGGGUGACAGGCUGGGGCAACCUUCGGGAGACAUGGACAACCAGCAUCAGCGAGAUACAGCCCAGCGUCCUGCAGGUGGUGAACUUGCCCAUUGUAGAAAGGUCGGUGUGCAAGGCCUCCACUCGGAUACGCAUCACUGACAACAUGUUCUGUGCUGGUUUCAAGGUAAAUGACACCAAGAGAGGAGAUGCUUGUGAAGGUGACAGUGGGGGACCUUUUGUCAUGAAAAGCCCCUAUAACAACCGCUGGUAUCAAAUGGGCAUUGUCUCAUGGGGUGAAGGCUGUGACCGAAAUGGGAAGUAUGGUUUCUACACACAUGUGUUCCGCCUGAAAAAGUGGAUACAGAAAGUCAUUGAUCGAUUUGGAUAG